ACAAAGCAUUUGGAAAAUGCAGCUAUCAUUGACAUAAAGGAAAGACAAGUCUGUGCAUCAACCUUUGGCUUUAAUCCAGACGGAGGCCUGAUAGUUGUGAAGGCAAAGACUUUCAUCCUGGUUGCUACUUACAGAGUGGGCAUGUAUCCCAGCGUGUGCGUGGAAGCUGUGGAGAAACUGGGAGAGGGAAACGGUUGUAGCUGUGUGCCUGCAUGCCAGCAUUUUGUUGGUUAG